UCCUCCCUGCUCACCAUCCGAAUCAUGCACGUCCCCGUCACCACCACUGCAGGCGAGCCAGUGGAGUUCCACGUCCAGAUUUCGACGCCGAAGGAGGCGUCUGCGCCGGCCAUCGACCCAGACCUGCCGACGCUCGUGUUUAUACAUGGCGUGUACAUGGCUCAGCAGAUUUUUGAAUCUCAGUUCAACGACCCGCGCCUACGCCAGUUCAACCUCGUCGCAAUUGAUCGGCUAGGUCAUGGUGAUUCGCGUGGUGUCGUCACUGAGGACACGGUGCCCGAGAAGACUGCAGUAGACUUCAAGCAAGUCUUGGACGCCCUGAAGAUCACCUCAUUCCACGCUGUCGGCCUGGGUAUCGGCACCAUGGUUGCUCUCGAGCUAGCAAUCCAAUACCCCGACGAAGUCAAGUCCGUCACCCUCAUCUCGCCCGCACCAUUCCAAGAGCCACAAGAAGUCAACGAAGGCCGCGCGGAGAUCUUCGAAUACUGGCAGGAGAUGGGCCUUUCGAGCGACCUGUCCUUCCUGGACGACAUCGUCUUCGGCGCGAUGCAGCUUGUGUUCCAUGAGGCAAUUAAUAACCAGUCGAACGCCAUCCGCGACAUCACACUUCAACAAACCUUCCGCGCAUGGCUCGGCACCGUCGACAACAUCCAGAUCGCGCGCAAAGUCAACCUCAACUUCUUCAUGAACCGACGGGUGUUGACAGAGAAGGAGCUGAGUCAGAUCCGCGUCCCGGUUCAACUCAUUCACGGCCGCGACGACAUCGCAUACCCGCUCGAGCACACCUUGGCUGUCGAGGCGGGCCUUCGCUCCGCUGGCGUCAACGUCGCAGGCGUCUACCAAGUGCGCGGGCCGCACUACAUGCUGGUGCUAUACCCCGAUGACGUCAAUCCCCGCCUCCGCGACCUCGUCCUCCAAACCGAAAACCGCAAGGACCGGCCAGUGCCGCAAAAGGCGCCGAUGGAGACGCCGUGGACGGAUGUGCUCACGGAGAGAGGAUUCUACACCCCAGACUCGGACAGCUCGUCGGAGGAUGAUUUGAUCAUCGGAUGA